AAAAGAAGACAAUUCGCUUGCCUCUUCAAAGACGAAGUGAGGGACCCUUUUACUCCAUAAAAAAAGAAGGUAGGAAGAGCAUACACUUUAUAGAGUAUCGUAGCACUGGGUCAGCCUGUGAAUUUUUAAUCACAAGUCAGUCUUUCAUUCCUUCAUCCUUCAUGUUUCCUCAAUAAGCCUUUAUGUAUUCAUAUGGCGGUUAAAUAAGUGAUAUCCUUCAAUUGCGGAAGAAUUUGAUCGUCACAAGAAUUUUAAGGAGAGCAGUUUGUGGUUAGACGUCAUCGUAUUGAUGAUGGAAUUAGAGUCAUAAACAGUCGCCUUUUCUUUUGUGGUUCGCUAUUUCUUUGUGGACAUUCCUUUUCCCUUUUAAGUCACUGUCUUUUAGUAUCACGAUAUAAUAGGCAUUAAAUACAUAACUUUCAUCAUCAAACUUUCUCUGAAAUUCAAUUUCUGCCGGUCAUGGCGGAAAUGGUGGGUUAUACUUAAUUUUAUCAAAGAGGAAAUUAAAUCGUUUCAGUCAUUUCAAGCUAAGUUUUCAACAGCUUCAAUGAAUUUUGCCCCUAUUUUCUCUUGCUUUUAAAGUAACCCUUAUUUUGAGUCUGAGAGCUGUAUUCUCAGUCAUCAUAAAAAUAAUGACUCUUCGAACGAACUCAUUCUUGCUGACCGAUACAAAAAAGCCGACCGACCUAACCUGUUUCAGUUAAUAGGGAUGAUUUGUGCAUAGGGAAGUAAUCCAGUGAAACAGAUGACAAUAUAUUUGUCGCUUAGCACUUACAUUAUGGGCCUAAAAAUUCGAAAAAUUGCUCGUUCACCUAUCACACGACUUGCUGAAAAGCGGUUCCCUCAACAUUAAAGGGGGUGAAACACGAUACAGCCAUCAUAGUCUUGAUUUUGGCAAACUUGCAAUGGAACAUUGUGUCUCUUCUGUUACAAUUUGACGCAAACUGAUGAGAAUAUUUUUAUUUGCCUACCGUUGUGUGCUUACAUCGUGCUACUUUUAGAGACAUUCAUCUUCCGUUAGUGUCGAUGAUUUCAUCGAUAGUAAUAUGGCACGCUAAGACCUUGCAUCUUUUUUUUAGAAGAAUUUUCUGGGAUGAACAUGAGAUGCUUUGUGUGUAUUACCAACUGAGAGCUGUCCUAGAGGGCACACUUGUUAACAGCAAUCCCAAAAUUGUUCUCGUUCAUACAAUGGACUUAAACAGCGUGCUAGGUGACCAAUUGUGGCCAAUGAUCAUGAUAAACAGACACGUGGCUGGUGUCAUAGCAAUGUCACAGUAAUAUUGGUACACUUUUCACUUUUCAUCUUGAAAAAAGGUUUUUAGUCAAAACUGUCUGUGGUAUAAAAAGAUAUAUAUAUGAAAUCGAGAGAGUUUUUGCAACUUAAAAAAAUUGUCCGAAACGGAAUCAGAAAUCAAGUAGUCUGUGCUUUACCGUUGACCCAAUAUAAAUUCAUCUCAGUUUCCUAAUUAAGAUCACAUUUCUUAAUUGGAAGGUAUCAAGAUGUGACUAGAACAUCCGUGGCACACUUGCCAAUGGCAGAUGCGCGACUUUCUUGCUCUCGACCCACUUUUACGCCAUCCAUGAUCUGUAACCCAUCACUUAAUGAGCAAAAUGGAAUGUUCUUGCAACUGAGAUUAAUUUUUACAACGCGAGAUUAAUGAAUCCCCUAUCGGUUUUAGAUAUGAGCAAGCAUCUGUAACUUAGCAAGAACGCUAGCUUUCAGUUUUAAAAAAAAGGACAAAUAACUUACCUCUGUCAAACUGCUCAUGCAGUCGGAAAUUUAGCAUACUCAGUCCAAGAAUACAAUAGGAAUAAAAAAAGGAAACAAAAGAGGAAAUAUCCAAGAACUUUAAAAGCGAAAAGUUUGUCUUCUAAUGAGUUCUAAUGAUGCUUCAAGUUCCUACUUUAGGCGAUACUGCUGAGCUAAGAUUUCUAAACUCCACAACCUCUUGGUCAAGCAUGCUUAUUUUAAUUAAUACUGGUCAUGACUCAGCAACAGCCUUAUUGUUUUACCUGUUCCCAAAAUAUAGGCAUCAAUUAAUCAAUCUUAAGCUUGUUAUGGUAUGGGUGUCAUAUUACAGGCUGAUUUACCCUUCCAGACCCCAUUACGCAAGGAAGAGUGGAUGGGGCCCCUCCUUUUAGUCUAGACCAUUAUUAAUGAGUUUUUGAUGAGCCUUAAUGUGUCACAGAGUAACUGAAACAUGUUUAAAGGAUGACAGCCUCGUUUUGUACGUGACAUCACCCACUAUGGUAAGUCUGAGGUCUAAUCCCCCAAAAUGUGCUGUAAAGGCUCGACCUUCUAUCACCAAUGACGUUUUUCAAAUUUACCAAAUAAAUCUACUGGCGUCACCGUUUCUCAAAAUCAUUUAAGAGGAUGACAAGUUAUUUAAAAUACCUUCGAAGGCUAGACGCAAUGCAGUUUCGUUUCACAGUCAUAUUUUAUCUGUAACUUGAUUAAACACUAGGCUUCUGUAGCCCAUAUUUUCUUCUAUCAUAGCUUCAGGACUGUUGAUUAAAUUUUCAUAUCUGAAGGCAUCAAAAGGCUUUUGACCCUUAUAACAGGCUUUUUUACCCAAUCAGUCACCUAAUCUCAGGUCAUUAGCGAUCUCUUUGUGGACCACACUUACGCACCCGGUAGAUCAGACCACAACAUUAAAUGUUACUCCUAGAGUCGUUAAAAUAAUUUACUCCAUCAACAAUAUUUAUUGAAUGAGAUAAUUACGCAUGGAUGAAGUUUCUUUCGCGCAUGUUCUGUCAGCUUGAACAAAAAUGUUGUAAAUAUUCGCUCCCAUGAUAAAUUUUUGUCAACUCGAGGAGUGAAAAUAGGUCGAAAAAUGUUGAUAAACGGCAGAAAAUUGCCUCAAAAUACGAGAGCGACAAAAAACAAUUGAAGUAAUAGUAUGAACAUAACAGUGAUUAUAAUAUAGAAAGCAAGAAUUGGCAAUACUUUGUGAAAAGUAUGUCAUGUCGGAGUCCAAAGGGUAAUUGUUAAAUAAAUACUUCUCUUGGUGUCAGUUUGCGCCAGUUCUGUUAUGACACAUUUUUAAUAUCUUUCCUCGCAUCAUUCAAUAUUGUGUGAGGUAUCAAUUACAGAGAGUUAGUUAGCCCUCUUCGUGUGUCGACCAGAGAAAGCCAUUUGAUUCCUGUCAGUUGCCAGUCGGUCAAGCUGCCCUCGUAUCCAGUCUCAGUCCUCAUUUCGCUCUUCGGCUCUCAGGACUCUCUUUCUUUUCUCGUCGGAAGUCCAUCGGAGGGCGACUCUGAACAGGGCUGAUGCUGGCAUUCGGAGCAGUAUUAAGUUCUAAGUAUAUGUUAACAGAUCUGCACCUGAGAGGAUUGCUAUGUGCCAUCCUUGUGAAUCUUCCUCAUCUUUAACCAUCCCUGCCGCUCUUUAGUUGAUUCUUCCUCCUGUGAUAUUUCUAUACCUUAGCAGACGACUUCACCGGAGUCAUAUUCUAAUAAUAGUAAAUCUCCAUGGCUCUGAAAAUGAUAUGAAAUAUGCUGACGAAGCGAAUUUAACCGAACGCAAUACUUCUGUAUACGUAGGAAUCUAAGUCUUCCAGAGUUUCUGAUCAACUGCCAUCUUAAGAAAUCUCUUUUUAUUAUUAUUAUUUUUUGCUUUUUUCAUCCUUAAGGCUUUUUAAACAUCACUUCUUUUUUUAUUGCUGAAAGAUGAGCGGAAGCGCUAAACGAGGUUAGCAAGCUCAUAGUGUGAAGGGCCCUAUAUUGCGCGCGUGUUAUUCGCUAUCUAGCUGAGCGCCCACAAUUUUCUCAACGUGUCACGCAUAAUAAUAGUCACUUUUUUUUUGCGUGACUGAAAUGAGCAAACAACGCUCUUCUUUUUUAAAACCUUGUAUUGCUGUGUAAACUAACCAGGACAACUCUGCUGAACACCAUACCAUAAAUUGCAUCUCUUGUUUAAUGUGUUUACUUACACGUAAGGAGAGAAAAUCACUAGUUUACAACCAAUAAAUCUUCUUUCGUGUCCCCAGAGACCUUAAAGCCUUCCUCCCGACGGAAGACGCACCCUAAGGCGGGGCUCACAAGAGCAGAUCACUCACGCUGAUUCUUGUCGCGAACUGGUCACGAUCACAGGAGGCUGUUUCAUAUACUUCGCACUGCGAGCUAAUCUUGUUUUAUAUCCCUCGAAACAAGCCAGGACUCACGAGGCGAGUAUGGUGUAUCGUCUUUAGUAGUGUUAGACAGGUCUCUACAUUUGUUCGCUGGUGUGAGUGACUGAGAAAGGGCCCUGUGGUAAUCGUCAACGCACUCCAGCUUUUUCCAUGCUUUGCUUUUGACUGGUAGGAUUAGAUAUAAGAUAUGUGAGUUAUUUCUGUACACUGUAGUCAAACAUCUUGAAAGAACCUGCCCUGAAAAAUCUUCUAGAUUUCUCAGUACUAUUCUCUCUAUCUAAGUUCACAUCUUAGCUUAUAUUUACUGUGAACAAAGCAAUUCCACCCUUCAACGUGACGCGCAUCCGUUUUGCAGAGAACGAGAAAUUCUUAGUUAUUGUUUUUGAAAAUUGCCUUAUCGCGGAAUGAGCUCAGUUGCAGUUGUCAUUUCAGUCCUGUUUCAGCUCAACUGAAACAGUAAUAUUUCACGCAUAUGGCAGGAAUAUUCGUCGUACAAGAUUACAUACCCAGGAAUUUUUAAAAAAAGGUAUUAUAGGAACCUAUUAUCUCUUCAAACAAUGGCCGUCUUUGGUACAGACCAAGUAUUAAAAGAAUUCUCGACUUUAUCUUCUAACAUCCUGCAAGGAACCGCUGAAGCAUAACAUUGUAAAGCGUGUUUACGAUUUGAAAGACUAUAUUUUGGCCUUGUUUUUAAUUGUAUUGCGAUGUUCCUCAGCAUGAAAAGUAAACAAUCAGAUGAUCUUUCUUUGUACGUAAAUGGAUAUCAUCUAGCUUUUAGGUACAAGAGUUGGGAUCCUUUUGGUCUUGGCUUUGAAUUGUUAUCCCUCCUUCUAUCGGAUACUCUUGUUUAAAAAGAAGGCGACAGGAAGCUCUUUGCAAUUUUUUCUUUCCUUCAGUUGCCAAGUUAGUUACUACGAGGGGGUCUAUAACGGUUUCAGGACACAGACUUCACAAUUGUGGAUGUAUCGUGCUUGACCUUUUCUUUCUCCCCUGCGUAAGGUUUGCGCUGUCGGCGUUAAUCAGAGAAGAGAUAGGGGAUUAAAACCAAGUUAUUCUCUCCGGUUUAUACAGCAUUCGGAAAUAUUAUGUAGUAUCAAUAUUUCUACAUCGUCUGUGACUUGGAUAAUUGCCCAGUUCUGCCAGAAAAUUAUAACAGAAAUUGUGGCACGGAAAGGUAUAUUGUCAAUGUCUUACGUAAAGAAUAAGAAAUGACAGGAGAUCAUGAAGGAUGCCUGAACAGGGCGUCAAAAGUCAAGUGUCAGAUGAAAGAAGUCUCUUCAAAAGUGUUAAAUGCCACCUUUUUUCCAAGCCUUGUGUAGGAAAUUGAGGUGGUCCCACAAGGGAUUGAUUAAGUGUUACGCGAGUAUGACCUACAGCUAUCAUCCCAGUGGUCUAUAGUGUCUUGCCACCCAUAAUUUGUUUCACGCACCAAUUUCGCCGCUGUUUUGAUAUGUUGGAGCUCAUAUAAUAGCUCAUCAACUUGCAUGCCGGCUUUGGGAGUCCACUGAACACGUGUUAAAUCAAAGUGAGAUACCAAUGUUAUUACUCAGUCUUUUAACAUAUCCCAUCGCGUGACUCGGCGUGAAAACAACUCGCCGUCAGAACGAGUUUAUUACAUUGGAAGUACAAGGUUUUAACAGUUUUCAAUGCUAUCGAGAACUUUGAAGCACAACUUUUAAUUUUAUCAAUGCAGUAUGAUCUUAGAUGACAUUUUCCAGACUAGGGCGGCGAACACAAAAGGACAAGACGAUAAUUACGUCUUCGAAGAGACGUAGAUAUUUUAAAUGUUGAACCUCACCGAAUAAUCGUGUGGACAUCACAACUAUAGUGUAUUUUUGUCACGCCGCGAAUUGUGCUAAAGUAAGUUUUCACGCUGUUGAUGUUUUCACGCACAUGAACCGGUAUAAUUUUUUAUUGAUUUUUCACACCCAUCAAGCGUCGACAGAGCAUAAAGACACCCCUUAGCAGCGAUGACUACCGCGCAAUCACAGAUCACUGUUAUGUGAUCGGAUUACAAUGUCUAUCUUUCAACGUGAAGCAUGUCAUAUCUUUUUUUACUUGAACUUGUCACGCAGACACAAUAAAGACGAUGAACGCGCUCCAUUUUGAUGGUGGUCUGCCCUUAUCAGAACUUCUUGACAGGCCUCUGUUAGCUCGUGAAGCCACCGUUUCCUCUUUCUGUAUUUAUUAGUUCUCAUUCUUCGAUAAUAAAGAGCUAAAUCAAGCAAAUACACGAUAUUUUGAAUCAUCUGAGGGUCAUCGAGGAUCGACUUUCAAUUGGGUGAAACCUUGAAAUAAACAUACAGUAAUUAAACUAGCAAGGUGGUGUUUAAUAGAUUUUUCGCUUUUAUUUCAAGGAGCGUUUGCUUCAAAUUUUCCAAUUUUUUGCUUUAGGGUUAGUAUAUUGUCAGCUUUUUGCUUCACAUUUUUCGUAUUUCUGAGAAAAAUUUCGGUCGAUAAAUUGCGUUUUAUUUUUUGACAAAAACUUGUAUAGAUUUUGCAGUGUCUCACGUUUUUGAUGCGUCGCGCCGCACUAGUUGCAGUAUUUCAUUUCUCAUAAUCCUGGUUGAAUAAAUUCCUCCCGAUAAGAAGCGGUGUUUAUUGGUAAUUUUGUUUCCUCGUGCGGCAUUUAGUCGACAACGACGUUUAUUCGAGGGCAGCAUGUAAUGAAAUAAAACGAUAUGGAUGAAGAUACCGAGACCGAGAGAAUAAUAAUAAUAGUGAUACGGAUUGCGAAUGACAAAAUGAUAAUAAUUCAAGCUAAUUUAAAUAAGAUGUAUGCAAGGAGAAUGUGUUGUUUAACCAGGUCAUCAAAUUACGUCCAAGUGCCUAACCCACAAAAGAAUUAUUCUCUCUCUUCCUUAGCUUAACUAAUUCGGUUACAUCGUCCCUUGAUUAUGUGCCCUUCCUAAAGUCAUCACCUAUUAUUUUAUGUUUUAGGACCCUGGUGACAAUGGACCAUACGCGAGUGCCAUUUGUUCUGCUAUUUCUUAGUGUGCUUAUUUCCAUCAUGGUGAACAGCAAAAUUUCAGCCGAGAGUGCGAAUACACGAUGCGUUUUGAGGCAAAACAAGACGUGUUAUCAGUAUUCUAUCGCAAGAAGGCGAAAUUUGACCUGUUCUGUAAGUGGUGAUAAAUUCAGGAACUGCCAUCAGAUGGGUAACGCAGGAGCCUUCAAUCUUACAUGUUCUUCCCCAGGCGAAUGCAAGCAGCAAUGUGUGGCUGGCUACUGCCAGUCCCUUCAGUGCAACGCCAGGAAAUGCAACCAAUAUUGCAUCCGUGGACGGUGCAAUAUGGAGUGCAAUUCCGAAGAAUGCAUUCAAGAAUGUGAUAUAGGUGGAUGCGAGAUGAAAUGUCCAAGUGGUGUCAAGCGUUGUAUUCAGAAAUGCGGUCGAGGAAAUUGUAAAAUGCAUUGUCCAGCAGGAGUGCAAUACUGCAAGCAGUCGUGUGACACGGGGAGAUGUUUAAUGCUAUGUCAAGGAAAAGAAUGUUCCCGCUCCUGUCGCUACAGCAAAUGCCUUUAUAACAGUGAGCCCGAAAAUGUGGCUGCGAUGGCCGUGGUUUCAAGCUGCAAUAGAGCGUUUCUUCCAAGACAUAGUAUUUGUUACCAGCAUUGCCCAUCUGGGAACUGCAAUAUGAUGAACGUUACUAAUGUUGCCAUGCAUAGCCAAGCAUGCUAUGGAGGCAACUGCAAUAUGAGGUGCAACGCAAACAAAAAAUGUAGUCAGGUCUGCGUCGGACGGCAUUGUCAACUCGUUACUUGCACUUCAGAAAUUUGUAUCCAAGAAUGCAUCGCAGGAGGAUGUAACAUGGAGUGCUAUUCAAAAGUUUGUACCCAAAUUUGUAGAGAAGGAAAUUGUAGGAUGGCUUGCUUAUCGUCGAACUCCAAAAUAUGUUAUCAGACCUGUGCUGGAGGAGGCUGUGUCACAUCGUGUGAGGGUGAGAAUUGUAGCCCAAGGUGUUUCGGUGGACAUUGUAAACACUCUCUCCAGUAUGAGCCUCCUGGACUGAUAACAAAUACUGCCUGCGACGAAAUCAAAGACAAUACUUGUGUUCAAGAGUGUGGCUCAAGUGUAGGCUGUUCCCUUGAAAACAGACCCUCUAGCCCGUUGAGGGUCUCCAAUCAGACAUGCGGUGAUGGCUUUUGUGUGCUAAACUGCACGGGAUCAGAAGUAUGUAAUCAGGUUUGCACUGGCCAAAAGUGUUACACGAUGUCUUGCCAUUCCGGUGAGUGUACGCAGGUUUGCGAAGGGAACGACUGUGGCUUGUUGGAAUGCUAUGCAGAUACAUGUAUACAAAAGUGUUUUGGCUUGGGAUGUCACUUAAAAUGCCAUCCCUCGGUCCAGGUAUGCCAUCAGAUUUGCGUAGCUGAAAAAGAGAGAUGUGCGCUCGAGUGCUGGGCGAAGCAAUGUACCACAACAAUGGUGUGACCUCGAAAUUCAAAACGAAGAGCUUAAAGGCAUAGCUGCAAACACAAAUUUUGAAAUUACGGCAAAAAGUUUAGUGACAGGAAGCAACGCCAUUUUAUCACUUUUGAAAUAAUGCAGAUUCAUUCUGCUCUGUUGCUCAGGAUGAUGUUACUAAGAUAUGAUCGACUGUAAAACUUACCGUCAGGCCUUACUGCCAAAGGGGCCAACUGAGUAUUUAAUUGUUGAGGAAUCUCUCGUCAACUUUUACGAGAAUUUUUUUUUUGUUUAAACAUUGCUUUAUUUUGAAACUUAGAUUUGAAAAGCAUUUAACUUAAAGGAGAUCCAAAUCUAUCUUUGAAUAGCAGCACCCAGAAGUAAGGCUGGGCUUUCAAUUUCUCUCUUUUGAGUACUUUCGUGAAGUAUUCUAUUUUUCUUCUAAAGAACAGGUGGAUUGAGCCUGUUUAAAACGCAUAAAACGUUCUUCGCUAUUUUAUUGUGUUACAUGUGUAGUGAAGCCAUUACUGUAUUAUAAAUAUAGGCUAAAAGUAGCAGGAUGAUGUUAUGUAAUGGUGAUUCAAGCUAGUUGUCUUUGAGAAGUACAACAUUCAGAAAUAUAAUGUAUAAACUUUUGUUCACAGCAGGAGUGGUUUUAAUAGUUCAAGUAUUUCUUCGAGACUGAAAAAGUUAAACGUUGACCGUUACACAAGAUUAUUGGAUUCACGUUCCCGUUCUGGCCGUAAAUCCAGG